GCGUGGCGGCAAGGGACUGGCUGGGAUGAGCAGGGCAUGGAGGCAGAGGGAUAGCUGGGAUGGGGAGAGGUUGGGCCAGGGAGGUUCUGCUGGUGGGAUGGGCGUGGAGCCCGGGAGCUGGCCGGGAUAGGCAGGCAGGGUGAGGAGGCAGGAGGCUGGCUGGGUUAGGGAGAGGACGUGAUGGUGGGGCAAAGUCCUGCCGGUUGAGAUGGGCGUGGAGGCAGGGGGCUGGCCAGGAUGGGGGGAGGUUGGAGGCGGGGGGGGUCCUGAUGGCUGGGACAGGUGUGGAGACAGGGGGCCUUCCUGGCCUUGGCACUGACUCCCCAAUCUCGGCAGCCCCAGGAGCAGCCAUGUCAGUGGAGGUGGCGGUCCCCGCCGGCGACAUGGGGCUGGGCCCGGAGCGCCUGAAUCCUGAAGAGCUGGUGCAGCAGACGCGGCAGGUGGUGCAGGGGCUGGAGGCGCUGCGAGCCGAGCACCGUGGCCUGGCUGGGCACCUGGCUGAGGCUCUGGCAGGGCAGGGCCCGGCGGCCGGCUUGGAGCUGCUGGAAGAAAAGCACCAGGUGGUGUGCCACUCGCUGGAGGCCAUUGAACUGGGACUGGGCGAGGCACAGGUGCUGCUGGCACUGUCGGCACGUGUGGGCGCGCUGGAGGCCGAGAAACAGCGGCUGCGGGCGCAGGCCCGGAGGCUGGCCCAGGAGAACGCAUGGCUGCGGGAGGAGCUGGAGGAGACGCAGCGGCGCCUUCGGGCCAGUGAGGAGGCUGUGGCCCAGCUAGAGGAGGAGAAGAGCCACCUCGAGUUCCUGGGGCAACUGCGGCAGUAUGACCCACCCUCGGAGAGCCAGCAGCCCGAGUCCCCACCUCGCCGAGACAGCCUGGCCUCACUAUUUCCCAGUGAGGAGGAGGAGAAGAAAGGUCCCGAGGCAGCAGGGGCGGCAGCAGCCCAGCAGGGUGGCUAUGAGAUUCCGGCUCGCCUCCGGACCCUGCACAACCUCGUGAUCCAGUAUGCGGGGCAGGGCCGCUACGAGGUAGCUGUGCCACUGUGCCGCCAGGCCCUGGAAGACCUGGAGCGGAGCUCGGGCCACUGCCACCCAGACGUGGCCACCAUGCUCAACAUCCUGGCGCUGGUGUACCGGGACCAGAACAAGUAUAAGGAAGCCACAGACCUUCUCCAUGAUGCCCUACAAAUCCGGGAGCAGACACUGGGCCCUGAGCACCCAGCGGUGGCUGCCACCCUCAACAACUUGGCAGUCCUCUAUGGGAAGCGCGGGCGCUACCGGGAGGCGGAGCCCCUAUGCCAGAGAGCCCUGGAGAUCCGGGAGAAGGUCCUGGGCACCGACCACCCAGAUGUGGCCAAGCAGCUGAACAACCUGGCCCUGCUCUGCCAGAACCAGGGCAAGUUUGAGGAGGUGGAGCAGCACUACGCCCGGGCCCUGAGCAUCUAUGAGGCCCUGGGCGGGCCCCAUGACCCCAACGUGGCCAAGACCAAGAACAACCUGGCCUCAGCCUACCUGAAACAGAAUAAGUACCAGCAAGCGGAAGAACUGUACAAAGAAAUCCUCAGCCGGGAGGACCUGCCCGCCCCUCUCGGAGCCCCCAGUACAGGCAGAGCUGAAGAUGCGGACCAACAAGCCCUUCGUCGGAGCAGCUCUUUCUCCAAACUCCGGGAGUCCAUCCGGCGGGGAAGCGAGAAGCUGGUCUCCCGGCUCCGAGGCGAGGGGGUGGCGGGAGCAGCUGGGAUGAAGAGAGCCGUGUCACUCAACAUGCUGAAUGUGGAUGGCCCAAGGACUGCAGGGACUCAAUUCCCCAACCGGCACCUGAGUGAGGCCCAGCGGACCCUCAGCGCCAGCACCCAGGACCUAGGCCCUCGCUAA